UUACCCUUCUAGGGCAUUUGUUGACAACAUUGAACCUUCCUGCAGAACAUGCACAAAAAGCAAAAAUAACCAUCGCCAUCCCGUUUGCCUAAAAUAUCCCCAUGUCAAAAUAAACUUUCGACUUCCAACUCGCAGCAUUUGCUGAUGACAAAUCCAUCUGCCCGACCUUCCUAUGUUACGUAUGUGAUGUUAUGUUAUGUUGGCGGCAAAUCGGCAGCAUCGAUGCACCGCAGCCCGGGGAUAAAAGGCGGAGUUGAAAGCCGCCGGCCUCAAAUACCUGCCUCACAUGUUACUCUAACUUCGUAUUUGAUAUUUAGAUGACAGCCCGAGGAUUUUUGGUCGCUGCAACCACCAUCCUCAUAUACUGUUCACUUACCCCAGUCUUCCAAUUCCGCAAUCUUGUGAUACAUACUGCAGCUUCAUCAAGACACUUUGCUGUGAAAUAUUCAGUCCAUUAAACUCAAUUGCAUAAUCGCCGUAUCCCUCAGUUCCUCUUCCACCGCUGCAGACUCGAAUACUCCUCCCAACCCCUACAAAAAAGACACACUAAAAAGAAAAGAAAAGAAAAGAAAACACCAAUCAAAAUGUCCGCGAUCAAGGAACCCGGCGUCCUCGGCCCCGUCAUCGCCCUCAAUCUCUGGACCUUCGUCAUGGAAGGCUGGAUGUACGCCAAACGCAUCCCAGCCAUCGCCAAAUACAAAAUCGCCAUGGACCCGAACGCGCCCAAGGAGCAAUUCUCCGCCAAAUUUCCGCCCUCCGUCCGCUGGGUCGCGGACAACUACAACCACCUCAUGGAGCAGCCGACGCAGUUCUACGCCGUCACCCUGGCGAUUGCGUUCAUGCAUGAGCGCAAGGGGAGCAAGAUGGACGUCGCCCUGGCGUGGUCUUAUGUCGGGCUACGGGUUAUUCAUAGUUUGGUGCAGGUGUCGAAGAACAAUAUCACAACGCGGUUCCUGGUCUUUCUUUCGUCGUCGUUUGUGCUGCUGGGGCUGACUGCCAAUGCGGCGAAGCUGGUGUUUUAAAAUUUCUGAGCGGGUCUGGGCUGUGGAAAUUGUAUGUUUUUUUUGUGCGAAAUUGAUAUAUUUAUGUAUACAAAGGAUAGAGGUAGUUAAAUGACAACCAAUCACUACAGAGACCUGUUGAGACAUGAUCUGGUUGUCACAAAAGUGUACAGUAGUAAAUCGUCACAGGGAGCUUUUACUCCAAGCCAAUGUUAAGAUGAAGGGAUGCAUGAUGCUAUUACUGAAAUCAGCAGCACUCAUCAAAAAUCACUAAAUCUUUUGGAUCCCAACAACAGUUUCAAUAAGGCUGAGUUUAAACUGCAUUUGAGUUCGAGAGAAAAGUUGAUGCCGAACUAGCAAACAAAAGUCACCGGGAAAAGUAAAUCCACCAACG